AUGACUAAUCCGCAGAUAGGCUUAAUCCUGGGAAAUGCCUUCGGCAAAACUGGUGAGAAGAUUUUGUUCCCCUUUGAUUCGCAAGAAACCUUGGGAUUAAUCUCAGUGUUUGGUUACAUCAUGUUCCUCUUCUAUAUUGGAGUCAAGACGGACAUAAGCGUGGUUCAUAAAACAGGAAGGAAGGCCAUGAAUGUCGGAGCUGUUGCCAUAUUGGCUCCGUUUGCCUGCGGCAUGCUGGCCCAAUAUUACGUGUCCUCAAAAUUCUUGGAACCCAAUCAGUAUGCAAAGCUCCCAUUCAUCAUUAUCAUAUGUUCUAUCGCGCCCUUCCCAGUCAUAUCCUCCGUGCUGAGUGAUCUGAAGAUCUUGAAUUCGGAGUUGGGACGAGUAGGGCUGUCGUCAGCAUUAGUGAGCGAGACGCUUGGUAUAUCAUUGUCCUUCGUGGUUAGCUUCUGCAACAACAUGAUGGUCGUAGGAAAACUGAGAGCCUUGGCAGAUAUGGGAGCUGCCGUGUUGUUCAUUCUUUUUCUCGUGUUCAUCCUUCGCCCCUCAAUGUUUUGGAUCAUAAGAAGGACACCGGACGGAUGUCCGGUUAAUGAUCAUUACGUUUAUUGCAUACUUAUAGUGGCUCUGUUAUCAUCCUACGCCUCCCAUCAUUUCAAUUUCUUGGCUCUCUUUUGGCCUUAUAUCCUGGGUUUGGCCAUCCCUGAAGGGCCUCCACUGGGGACUGCCAUUAUCAAGAAGCUCGACGCCUUUGUGACUGGUGUUUUGAUGCCGCUCUUCGUGACUACAUGCGCAGUGAGGGUGGAUCUCCAGCAAUUCAUGAACUGUAGGAGGCCGGAUGGAAAACUUGACACCUUCAUGCUACAAGUGUUCCUCCUCGUUGUUAUAACUCUCCUUGCCAAAUUGGUUUCCUGCUUCUUGUUUGCCUUGUACUGUAAAAUGCCCUGGAAAGACGCCAUGACUCUCUCACUCACUAUGAGCUGUAAGGGCAUUGUCGAAAUGGCCACAUGCUCCUUCAUCAGAGACAUCAUGGUGCGUAACUUAUUCUGCCUGGUUGAUUCCUGA